CAUCAACUAAUUCACACAGGGGAAAAGCCAUUUACUUGUAGGGAGUGUGGCAAGAGCUUCCGUCAUGCUAGUUCACUUAGAGUACAUAAUCGGACUCACACAGGGGAGAAACCAUUUGAAUGUCUAAAGUGUGGAAAGUGGUUCAGCCGAAUGACACACCUCACUUUACAUCAGCGAACUCACAUGGGGGAGAAACCAUUUAAAUGUAUGGAGUGUGGAAAGACUUCCUCUGAUAGUCGAACGCAUGCACAACAUCAACGAACUCACACAGGGGAGAAACCACUUAAAUGUAUGGAGUGUGGAAAGAGGUUCAGUCUUGGCAGCUCACUUACUUCACAUCAGCGAACUCACACAGGGGAGAAACCAUUUAAAUGUAUGGAGUGUGGAAAGAGGUUCAGUCAAAAUUCACAUCUUACUACUCAUCAGCGAACUCACACAGGGGUAAAACCAUUUAAAUGUAUGGAGUGUGGAAAGAGUUUCCGUCAGAGUGCACACCUUUCUUUACAUAUAGAUACUCACACAGGGGUGAAACACUUUAAAUGCUUGGAGUGUGGAAAGAGCUUCAAUCGACGUGAUAAACUUCGUGAACAUCAGAGAACUCACACAGGGGAGAAACCAUUUAAAUGUAUGGAGUGUGGAAAGAGCUUCAGUCAAAAUUCACAUCUAUCUUUACAUAAACAUACGCACACAGGGGUGAAACCCUUUAAAUGCUUGGAGUGUGGAAAGAGCUACAGUCGACGUGAUAAACUUCGUAAACAUCAGAGAACUCACACGGGAGAAACCAUUUAAAUGUAUGGAAUGUGGAAAGAGUUUCCAUCAGAGUGCACAGCUUACUUUACAUAAAUAUACUCAUACGGGUGAAACACUUUAAAUGCUUGGAGUGUUCAAGGAGCUUCAGUUGGAAGAAUAAAAAAAUACUCGCACAGGAGAGAAACAAUUUACAUGUAUGGAGUGUGGAAAGAGCUUCAGUGAAAGUUGCACCCUUAAUAUUCAUCAUCGGACGCGCACAGGGGAGAAACCAUUUAAAUGUAUGGUGUAUGGAAAGAGUUUCCUUCAGGACACACCUUAUUUUGCAUAAACAUACUCACACAGGGGUGAAACACUUUGAAUGCUUGGAGUGUGGAAAGAGGUUCCGUCAACCUGA